CGUGCAUGCUCCAGCCUGGCGAUGAUUGGUCACUCAAAUAUCUUCGUUACAUCUGGUGCAUGACUAGCGCUGACUUCCCGGUGUAUGAUUUCCCACUCAUAUCCAAUACUCAAGACUCGUUGUACACCUCCGCCAUGCCAAGAGAGUGGACUACGACUCGAUGAAGCCCGAAGUAGGGUUCCUGUCUCUUGCUGAAGAACUAUGGUUUUACAUCCUCAGUUUUCUUUCUUGCCAAGAUAUUCUUCAUUGCACAUCCGUAUGCAAGGCCCUUCGCCAGAUGUACAUGUUCUCUUCCGAACUUCAGUACAUCGUUGAACUCAGUGGCCAACGCUUGCUUCCUGUCCCCAACACGGACAAUCUCACUCCUGUUUCCCAACGUCUACAACUCUUGAGGGACAGAGCGCACGCAUGGCUCAAGUUUGAUAUCCACUCCUUCAAAACGACUACCAUGCCAAAAAUAUCGUACGAUCAGGAAACAUUUCUCACUGAUGGGCAUUUCUACUUCUGGAAUGAUACUCAAAAUUCGGCCACGAUCAUUCCGACACUACCAAAGCCCUCGCAACAAGCCAUUGAGCGCAACUGGUCUCCGAGAACGUCGUGUAUAAAUCCCUACUCGACCAACCUCAAAGUGUUCAUGGACCCAGCACAAAACCUGAUUGCCGUGGUGUAUAUUGAUUAUGCCGAGCUGAGGCAUGAUAUUGACCUUAGAGCACUGGAUAGUGAUCGUGUUCACCCCCUGGCCGCCGGGCGGACGCUGUUUCUGUCUGAGCUGCUCAACUACGGCACCGUCAACGAGGGCAUUGAAAUGCCGCUAAUGACACUCAAAGGUUGUGGGAGGUACAUCGCGUUGCAGCGUGUAUAUAUGGCUUCAGUUGAAGAUGAGGAUGGAGAAGGACAUCUCCGCAAGUAUAUGUCGCAGCUAGAGAUUUGGGACUGGCAACACUCGACGACAUCUAGUAGUGUCCUCAGCAACGUACUACGUUACCCAGCUAUGAGCUCAACCGAUUUUUGUUUUCUCGAAAACAAUAGGUUGCUAGUUGUCAUUGAGGAUUUGAAGCUCUAUUCAAUCGAGGACAUGGCACAGGCGCCGCAAUUACUGGCGUGCUUCCUGCCGCCCCUCUUACUGUCAAACGUGCAGUGCCUCUUUCCGAUGGAUGAUAUUGAACAUAGUGCACACCUGCAGACGCAAGCCCGACAAAUGAUGUACACCCCAGACCCUGCAAAUCAACUAUUAUGCCUUAUCGCGUCUGAUCUGGUCUUCAUCAUUUCUACGAGGAUCUUCUUCGUCCUCGAUGGAAUAGCAGUUGCAAUGCCAAUACCAUGGAAUCAUUGGGGUCCAUCAAUCACGCGUGUUCUGGAGCACCCAAACCCAUCUCGAUGCAAAAUUCACGUUCGCGGGAAUCGAGUUUUGCAGUCAUUCAAAGCUGAUGCGGGUUCCGGGCAGUACGUGUUACGCUUGAUGGACUUCAGCCCGCUAGCUGCGACGAACAGGCGUGGUCUAGGACGAGUGGUGAAAGAACCGUCGACGAUAGUCAUCGCUAAAUCCACUGUCAGGUCGGGGGCCAGCUUGACAACGUCUCUGCCUUACGUCGAGGUCGUAUCGGACAGAAGAUUCGAAGAGUUACAGAACAUAUGGCUUGAGAGGGAUAGAAUUUGUUUGCUCAACUUAUUUUGGGAAUACACUGUCGUAAAUUCUAGAGCUAUUCGGCGUCCUUUAACGAGGUCUAGUAGGCUCGAGGUCAUUGACUUAUAGAGUAGAAUCUGUUAUCAGCUAGUCAACCUAGUUAGUUAUGAAGACGAGUCGAUGACCCUGUCAAUGCUUAGACUAGUAUCAAGAGUCAAGGCCUUCUUAAUGGACUGUGUUGGAGUCGU